AGUACUAGUAGUUGAGGCAGGAGAGUAGAUAGAAGAAAUAAAAGUCGUUGGUACUGGCGGCUACGUGCCAAGGACGACCACCAAGUAGCUGGGAGGCUGGAACGGGAGGGAGCGGAGCGGACCCGGGGGAAGGCGAGAGAGUCGGAGGGAGCCCCGCUCCGGCCAGCCUCCGUCGGCACCCACGGCCGGCAGCGGCACCGGCACGCCAUGGACGCGGAGGCCGGAGAGGCGCCCCUCCUCUCCCACCAGCACAACCCCAACCAGGUCUCGUCAGCAGAUCACAACCACAAACCCUUCAACUGGAAGGCUCCUGCUAUUAUCUUGGCGUUUGAGUUCUUGGAGAGCAUUGCCUACGCUGGUAUUGCCCUCAACUUGGUAGUAUAUCUUGGGAAGGUCCUUCAUGGAACUACGGCUUCAAAUGCCGCGAAUGUCGAUACAUGGAACGGCACCACGUUCCUCACGCCCGUCCUCGGAGCAUUUCUUGCUGAUACAUACUGGGGGAAGUACAAGACCGUGGCCAUCUCCAUAAUAUUCUAUCUUACUGGGUUGCUCAUCAUAACUGCUUCGGCGAUCAUUCCAUCUUUACAACCCGCCGCAUGUGAAGGAACUUCAUGCCCUCCUGCCACAGGGUUUCAGAAUUUUGUCUUCUUUACUGCACUAUACCUUGUCUCGGUUGGGACUGGAGGGGUUAAAUCAGCUUUGCUCCCACUUGGAGCUGAUCAGUAUGAUGAUUCAAACCUUGAACAGAGUAAAAAGAAGCAGGCUUUCUUUAGCUGGUUCUUCAUUGCCAUUAACCUUGGCGUCUUCAUCUCGGGGACAGUUGUUGUAUGGAUACAGCAAAAUGUUGCUUGGUCUCUUGGAUUUGGCAUCUCAUCGAUAUGCCUCAUUAUCGCCACAGUUGCCUUCUUGGCAGGAACACCAAUCUACAGGGUUCAACUUCCUACUGGAAGCCCACUUAAAAGUCUUGUAGCGGUGUUUGUUGCAUCAUUUAAAAAGAGAAAAGUGGAGGUUCCUGCUGAUAGCUCAAUAUUGUUUGAUGGAAAUGAUGCUGACUUAACCAAUGAAGCACCAAACAAAUUGGCACAUACUGAAGGAUUCAGGUGCUUAGAUAAGGCUGCUGUAGUCUUAGGGGACCAGGAGAUAAAGGAGAGCCUUUCUGGGCGUCCAUGGAUGCUAUGCACUGUAACUCAGGUGGAGGAAGUGAAGAUUCUUGUUCGGAUGCUUCCAAUAUGGUUCACCAGCGUGUUCUACGCAGCUUCCAUGUGCCAAACAGCCACCACCUUCAUCCAACAGGGGAACAAAAUGAACACAAAGAUUGGAUCCUUCUCCGUCCCUCCUGCUUCCAUGAACUCUGCCUCGGUGGUCUUCAUGAUGAUCUUUGUCGUGAUCCAGGACACCAUUGUGAUCCCAGUAGCCAGACGAUACACCGGAAACGUCGCCGGGCUCACGCAGCUGCAGCGGAUGGGCGUCGGCCGGUUCCUAGCGGUCCCUGCGGUGGCCGCGGCCGCGCUGGUUGAAAUGUGGAGGCUGCGCAGCGUCGCGGCCGGCCACAACCUGAGCAUAGCAUGGCAGCUCCCCCAGUUCAUGCUCAUCGCCUGCUCCGACGUGUUCUGCGGCAUAGCUCAGCUCGAGUUCUUCUACUCGGAGGCCCCCAUGUCGAUGCGGAGCCUGUGCUCGGCAUUCUCGUUCCUUGCAAUGUCGCUUGGUUACUACCUGAACUCGAUGAUCAUCUCGGCCAUCGCUGCUCUGUCGAAGAGCGGGGGCGGGCAGGGCUGGCUUCCCGCCGACUUGAACGACGGGCAUCUCGACUACUACUUCUGGCUGUGGGCGGGGAUCGGCGCGGUGAACUUUGUUGUGUACACGGCGUUCGCGAAGAAUUAUACGAUGGCGUCCUCUGCUGGUAAUGGCAAGGAGAUGGCCGCGCUCGAGUCCGGCCACGCGUCCUCCUCCUCCUCCUCCUCCUCCUCGCCGGCCGCUGCUGCGAAGAUGACGGCGGUGGCGGGGAAACCGCGCCCCUUCACCUGGACAGGGCCUGCCAUUGUUAUGGGCUUCGAGUUGCUGGAGAGCAUCGCCUUCUCCGGCGUUGCACUGAACCUGGUCAUCUACCUGGGCACCGUGCUCCAUGGCACCACCGCCUUCAACGCCGCCCACGUCGACACCUGGAACGGGACCACCUUCAUCGUCCCCGUCCUCGGCGCCUUCCUCGCCGACAGCUGCUGGGGCAAGUACAACACCAUCGUCGUCUCGCUCCUCUUCUACCUCGCCGGCCUCGUGCUGCUCACCCUGUCCGCGGCGAUCUCGCCCUUCCGGCCGUCGUCGUGCCAGGGGCUCUCGUGCCCGCCGGCCUCACGGACCCAGUUCUCGGUCUUCUUCGCGGCGCUGUACCUGACCUCCAUCGGCACGGGGGGCGUCAAGUCGGCGCUCCUGCCGUUCGGGGCGGAGCAGUACGACGACAGCAGCCCGGAGGAGAGUCGGAGGAAGCAGUCCUUCUUCACCUGGUUCUUCGGCGCCAUCAACCUCGGCAUCUUCGUCGCCGGGACGCUCGUGUCGUGGCUGCAGCAGAACGUGUCCUGGGCGCUCGGCUUCGGCGUCUCCGCGCUCUGCCUCCUCCUGGCGGCGGCGGGCUUCCUGGCCGGCACGCCCUGGUACAGGGUGCAGCUCCCCGCCGGUAGCCCGCUCAGGGACAUACUCAGGGUGGUGGUGGCGUCCGUCAAGAAGAGGAAGACCAGGCUGCCUGCAGCCGCGGGUCAAGGUGACCUUGGCCUGCACGAGGUGGCGGAAGACGACGACCUGCAGAAGCUGGCGCACACCAAAGGGCUCAGGUGUCUGGACAAGGCCGCGGCGAAGGGCGGCGACGGCCACGAAGGCCCGUGGAAUCUGUGCACGGUGAGCGAGGUGGAGGCCGUCAAGAUCCUGGCGCGCAUGGUGCCCAUCUGGGUGACGUGCGUGCUGUACGCGGCGUCCCUGGGGCAGAUGACCACCACCUUCAUCCAGCAGGGGAUGACCAUGGACAACAAGUUGCUCGGGAGGGUGAAGGUGCCGGUGGCGUCGAUGGUGUCGAUCGAGGUGGUGUUCAUGCUGCUCUGGGUGCUUCUGCACGACGCCGUCAUCAUGCCGCUCGCGCGGAGGUGGGCCCAAGCCGGGAGCGCCGGGCUGUCCCAGCUGCAGCGGAUGGGCGUGGGGAGGGUCCUGGUGGUUCUGGCCAUGGCGACGGCGGCGCUGGUGGAGAGCCGCCGGCUGCGCGUGGCCGGCGCGGGCAGGAAGAUGGGCAUCGCGUGGCAGGUGCCGCAGUUCGUGCUGGUGGCCGGGUCGGACGUGUUCUGCGGGAUCGCGCAGCUGGAGUUCUUCUACGGGGAGGCGCCGGCGUCGAUGCGCAGCAUCUGCUCCGCCUUCUCCUUCCUCGCGCUGUCGCUGGGAUUCUACGUCAACUCGGUGGUGGUGACCGCGGUGGCGGCGUUGAGGCCCGGGUGGCUGGCGGCCAACCUCAACGAGGGGCACCUGGACUACUACUUCUGGCUGUGGGCCGUCAUCAGCGCCGGCAACCUGCUGCUCUACCUGCUGCUUGCCGCCCGGUACACGCCCAAGCAAGUCCUCCGCCACUCGCCAUAGCCGCCGGCACCGAGUUAGCUAAUGCACUGCUCCGUACUAUGAUGAAUGUCUGAAUGAUGAUGUAACUUGGACACAUCACGCCGUAGAAGUCUCGUCGGAUAUAACUCUUGUUUUGUACAUGUUCAGAGAGUGUCGUUAACGUUAACAAGCUGGGAGAUUUUUUUUUCGGA